CCCCCAACAUCACCGAAGAACGCCUUCCUUUGUUUCUCUGUUUUGUUUUUCUUUUUUUCUUUUUCCAAAUCAAUUUUCCUUUUCUUGUUGCGGUGAGCUUGAAUGUUAUCUUAAAUCCAAACCCAGCUCCAUUUGAAGAGUAAACAAAUUCGAGUUUUUCGGAAAGCGGGCUUUGGGGGGGUUUUAGUUUUUUCUUUUCUUUUUGAAUUAUUAUUUUGAAUUGGAUGGAGAAUAAACUUCAUCAUUCCAAACCCUAGAAACAGAGGAAAUGGAGUUUUUGGGGAGACGCGUGAAGAAAGAGUUUGAAGGGAAAGAUACCACCUCUUUGGGAACGGUGAGAUCCUAUGAUUCGUGCCGCGGUUUUUUUAAGAUCGAGUACGAGGACGGCUAUUCCGAGGAGUUGGAACUGUCGGAGAUGAUUACUCUUCUGCUUAAGGAGGAUGAUGGGCAGCAAGUGGGGAAUUCUGUUUCCGGUAAGGGCAAUUAUUGUUCUGAUAGUGCUAGUUGUGGAGAGUUAGAUUUGAAUUCUAGUGCUGGGGCUUUGGAUUUGAAUGUGUAUAUUAAUUCGAAUGAACGGUUGGAUUUAAAUUGUGUGGGGAAGGAUGUUCUAGAUUUGAAUUGCAUGAUGGUGGUCGAUCAUGAACAUUUUAAUUCUAAUGUGGAGAAUAAAGUGGCACAUGCUAGAGAGGAUAUCAUUGACUUGAAUAUGGAUGUGAAUAAUGAGGGUGAUUACGAGAAUGUAAAAGUGGAGGUAGAUUUAAAUGAGAGGAAAGGCCAUUGUUUUGACCUUAAUUUAGGAUUGGAUGAAGAAAUCAAGGGCUUUUCAGAGUGUGUGGUGUUGGAUAAUCAUACUAAGCAGAGUUGUUCUGAAUCAGUGGGCCGGGAUCCACUCAAGAAUGACGAAGCUAAUUGUGUAAGUGGGCAAGUUGAAAUGGUUGAUGUGAAAAAUACAGGGGACCAGCAAAGCAUUUUGCCAAUGGAAAACAAUUUGAUUGACGGUACUGCUAGCGUGACUGAAACGACGACUCCUUUAAGCAAUGGAGGCUUUUCUACUGCAUCUGGGUUAGAAGAUGAAGCUUUGGGUUGUGCUCUCCGAAAGAGACGUGGUAGGAAGAGAAAAGUAUCUUUGGAUACUGAUACAACCUCUGAAGCUGUAACUGAGUUUAAUCAUAGUAAUCUUGUUGAAAUUGAGUUGAAGGCUCCUUCAUGUAAUGAUGGCAUUGUUGCUCAUUUUGACUCUAAUGCUGAUAUUGUUUCUGGAAGUGCCCUCAAAGGGAAGCGUGGUAGGAAGAGAAAAAUGCUUUUGGAUACUGAUACUAACUCCACAGCCAAAUCUGACUUGACUGGAAUGAAAUUUGUUGAAAUUGAGCGGAAAACUCCUGAAUGUAAUGAUGGUAUUUCUACUGGAUUUGAGUCAAAUACUGACACUGUUUCAGGUAGUGUCCCUAAAGUAAGACGUGGUAGAAAGAGGAAAGUUCCCUUUGAUACUGAUACUAAUUUUAGUGUUGAGACUGCUCUGAGGAGAAGUACUCGUACAGCAAGAAAAUCUGCUCUUUUGAAUCAAGAUAGUACUUCCCACCCAUUAGUACUAUCUGAUACUGUUAAUGAUUUAUCAUUAUCUCCAACUGCUAGUGCAGUUACCGAGGAGAAAAUAUCAGAAAGAGCGCGUCAUGAAAUUUCACCAGAGCAGAAUGUGCUUCCUCCAAAGUUAGAUCUGCCACCUUCUUCAGGGAACUUGAAUCUCGGGGACAUGCCUGUUCUUGAUAUCUUUUCUGUAUAUUCAUUUUUGAGGUCUUUCAGUAGUUUGUUGUUUUUAAGCCCAUUUGAGUUGGAGGAUUUUGUUUCAUGCUUGAACUGCGAUGCCCCGAGUUUUUUGUUUGACUCUAUACACGUUUCUCUCUUAAAUGUCUUAAGGAAUCAUUUAGAGUCUCUUCCUGAUGAUAGCUCUGAAUCUGCAUCUCAUUGUCUCAGGUGUCAUGAUUGGGAUCUGCUGGACAUGAUCACAUGGCCUGUUUUUAUGGUUGACUAUCUCUUAACUUAUAGUUCUGGGUUGAAACCUGGUUUUGAUAUUUCUGGCUUGAAGUUAUUUGAGAGUGAUUACUAUAAACAAUCUCCAUCAGUUAAGAUUGAGAUACUUCGAAGCCUUUGUGAUGAUGUGAUUGAAGUUGACUACGUGAAGUCAGAGAUCAAUAGAAGAAGUUUAGUAAGUGAACCUUUUAUCGAUUUUGAUCGGGAUAUAAAAUCUGAAAAUAGCAAGAGAAGAAAGACAGAGAUGGACAUUGCUGCAAGCUGUGUGACAGGGGAAGAUAAUGAAGAGACUGUUGAUUGGAACAGUGAUGAAUGCUGUCUUUGUAAGAUGGAUGGAAACCUAAUAUGCUGUGACGGUUGCCCUGCAGCAUUUCAUUCGCGAUGUGUGGGGGUAAUCAGUAGUCAUUUGCCAGAGGGUGAUUGGUAUUGCCCUGAAUGUACGAUCUGCAAGGAUAGGCCCUGGAUGAAAAUGGACAGGGCUAUGAGAGGGGCGGACUUGUUGGGAACUGAUCCAUAUGGUCAGUUAUAUUACAGCUGUUGUGGAUAUCUAUUGGUUCUGGAAGAUCCUCACAGUGAAGCAUCAUUUAAAUAUUACAUCAGAGAGGAUUUGCAUACUGUUCUCGAAGUGUUAAAUUCAUCAGUAUCAGUCUACUAUACAAUUAUGAGUGCCAUCUUUAAGCAAUGGGAUUUAUCAUUUGAGCUUAAUGGCGCAAAUAAUGCCAUAUCAAGAGAGGGUGUGCCUGUGCAGCUUUUGGCCCAUUCAGAUGCUCAUCCAAAAGCCACUGACAUUGUGACAAAAGAUGUUGGAGGUGAGGUUUCAGAGUUGGGUUUUGUGAAUUCCGUCACUGUUGACCAUGUAAUUAACCUGGGACAUCAAAAUUUAAGUUCUGAAGGCUCUGCUGAUGGUUCACAAGCAAUAACUCAUAAUAAUGGAACUGCUCAGUCCAAUUGGUCCAGCGUACACACUCUCGCUGCAGACAGAAGGGUUACUCGAAGAAAGUUUUCUGCCAUGUCUAUUCCUUUAGCUGCAAACGGCAAUGAUGUUGCAAAACGCGGUCAUGACUUGUCCUUGACAAAUGCAGGUAUCAGGUCACCUGCAUGCAGUUCUGGUUAUGUGAACUUUUACAGUUUUGCAAAAACAGCAUCUGAGAUUGCUGAUCUAUUGAUCAAGAAAUCAUCAAACAAGGAGUCGGAGGAUGCUUUGAAAUCUGUUGAUGACAUUUUAUCAGAACAGAUGAAAGCCAUAUCGGAUAAAUUUGCGGAGUUCUGUUGGCCAAAAAUUUCAAAUACUCAUGAUGAUGCCAGGAAAGAAAAUUGUGGUUGGUGCUUCUCGUGCAAAGUUCCUGAAAUUGAAAGAGAAUGCUUGAUUUCCUCAUACACUAAUGGUCCUUCUCUUGAAAAUUCAACGAGUGAGUGUGUAAGUACUCGUUUGAAGAAGAACAAGAAAUGUCAUCUUAUUGAUGUCUUGUGCCAUUUGCUCUGCAUUGAAGAACGUUUGCAAGGACUUCUCUUGGGUCCCUGGUUGAAUCCUCAUUACUCUAACUAUUGGCGUAAAACAUUGCUCAAAGUAACUGCAAUAGCGCAUGUGAAAAGUCUUUUGCUCAAGCUAGAGUCAAGUUUGCGUCCUCUGGCGCUUUCAGCAGAUUGGACAAAGCAUGUGGAUUCUGAUGUAUCUGUAGGCUCUGCUGUUCAUAUUGUUACCACCUCUUUGCGCGGAUCUUCAAGGAAUAGUAUUGUCAGGAAACGAGCGAAAUUUCCUGACCUUGAGCCUAUUUCAGCACCUAAUGCUGCCAGUGGUUUGGGUUUACUUUGGUGGAGAGGUGGCCGCCUUUCUCGUCGGCUUUUUAAUUGGAAGGUGUUGCCUCGUGCGUUGGCUUCUAAAGCUGCCCGACAAGGUGGAUGUAAGAAAAUACCCGGCAUACUAUAUCCUGAUGGCUCCGAAUUUGCCAAGAGAAGCAAAUUUGUUGCGUGGAAAGCUGGCGUUGAGUUGACCAAAAGUGUGGAGCAACUAGCCCUUCAAGUUAGGGACUUUGAUGCAAAUAUUAGGUGGGAUGAUAUUGAAAAUAAAAAUGUCAUGUUAAAGCUGGUGAGAGAAUCCAAAAAACCACUUAAGUCAUUUAAAAAAGCAAUAGUUCGAAGGAAGUGCAUUGAAGGAACUACUGUUAAGUAUCUUCUGGACUUUGGUAAAAGAAGGUUUAUUCCAGAUGUGGUUCUGAAAUAUGGAUCAAAGGUUGAAGAGUCUGAUGAAAGGAAAAAAUUUUGGCUUGAAGAGUUUCAUGUUCCCUUACAUCUCUUGAAAGGUUUUGAACAAAAAAGAUUAGCUCGCAUGUCAAAUAAGGUAAAGUUCGGGAAACUUCCGGAACAUAAAAGUGUGGUGAAUCCGCCUCCAAAGAGAAAGGGUUUCUCGUAUCUAUUCUCCAAAGCAGAAAGAUUGGACUACUAUCAAUGUGGACAUUGUAGCAAAGAUGUCCUAAUCAGGGAAGCGGUUAGCUGCCAGUACUGCAAAGGUUCCUUUCAUAAAAGACAUGUGAGGAAGUCUACUGGAGCCAUUAAUGCUGUGACCACAUAUACCUGUCAUAAGUGCCAUGUAAAGAAGAAUGUUGGUGCUCAUUCGAGAAUGGGGAUUUUAGAAUCAAGAAAAACUAAGAAGGCCUCAAAAGAUUCAAAACAGCUCAGGCCACUGCAGUCAAAACGGAAGAAAAAAGGUGGUCUAAAUAAACCGAUGCAAGGAAAUAAACAAUUAAAGAAAAUUCCAAAAAACAAAAAAGUAAAAACAGUUGUACCUUUACGGCGGUCCCCCAGAAAAACUAGGUCUGCGUUGCUUCAAAAUAAGAAAAUCAGAGCACAUAAAAGGGGCAAACGUAGAAAAUCAGCAAAUGGGGUGUCAAAAAAACAAUUGAAAUCUCCUUGGCAAAAGAAGAGAUCGAAAUGUUGUCCGCCCUUUUGGUUUAAUGGCCUGCAUUUAUCUAGAAAACCAAAUGACGAAAGGCUACUUCAUUUCAAGAGUAAAAAUCUGCUCGUCCUCCCUGGCGAUCCAACUGUGGAUGUACAAAAGCCAAAAUGCAAUCUUUGCUGUGAGCUGGAAUAUUCGCCUGGACUGAUUUAUAUUUCUUGUGAACUUUGUGGAGAUUGGUUUCACGGAGAUGCUUUGGAUCUUAGCACGGAAAAAGUGGAGGCCCUUAUUGGGUUCAAGUGUCAUGUUUGCCUUGGGAGGAGCCCUCCUUGCUGCCCCAAUUUGAAUGCAAUGACAACUGAGGCAACAUCAUUGGAUGCCUUGGUUGAUUCAGAAGUGAAGGGCAUAAUCUUGAAGGACAUUGAUGGGAGACAACUAUCUGAUACCACUCUUGGCUCCAGUGAGACUUCUAAAAUUGAUGAAAUGGAGCAAUUAGCUUGUGAUCCAGAACAUAAAGCAGAAAGAGUGCCAGUGGUUUGCAGUCCAUAUAGUGAGGACGAUCAGAAAACUUGUGGAUUGAUGACAUCAAAUGGGGUAACUUAGUGCAAAAGGAAGCAAUCAAGUUUGCUGAUAUUUGUGGUGAAUCACCUUUCCCAUUGAGGUUUACAUUUUGCUAUCCAAGUCCAGUGAGGAUCUUUCACAAAAAGGCCUAUCUCCUUUGUUGCAUAGCCAUGUGAAGAAAUGUUUAGGAAUGAAGCUCCUUUAGUGCAUAGCCAUGUGAAGAAAUGUUAGUGAAUGAAGAUUCCUUUUUUCCUUUCCAUGAUUGAAAAUCUUUUGACUCAACUGAUUAGUGCCACCAGGAUGUAAUCUUAGUUUCUGGAUUUAUAAUCGGAGAAGACAGCACAUAGAUUCAGUCAUUAACCUAUACUUGAUUUAUGGGGUCUUAGGGAAAACCAAUAGAUUUUGACCUUUGUGAAUCCAUUGAUGUCAUCAGCUUUAUUUGCAUGUAGAUGAUUGAAUUAAAGCCAGAGGAGUGAACUGUUAUUUGAUGUUUCCUCCUUUUCAUGUGUCUACUUGAAGAUACUUGGUUAUCUUGCUGGAACAACAAAUGUUUCUGCAAGUCACGUGAUCUUACUUUUCUCUGUACUAGCUUGGCAGCUUACUGUUUAUUCUUUACUUUUGGACGCAUGCCUGGGUAUAUUCUAGUGUAUUGCAGCAAUUAUCUUUGGACGGCACACUUUGAAGGCUUCACUUGGGGUUGCUUGCGCAUAUACUUGCUCGUUGAAGGAUGGUUAGUCUCUAGUCAAAUCUCAAAAAAAAAAUUAAACUAUAAUUUGUUAUUGAAUAUGGGAUUUCCUAUGAUAGUUUUUAUUUAUCAGCAAUUUUAAGAUAAAGAUUAAUAAGGCAUUUUCAGGUUGAUGUUACUGUAUGAAUAUUAUAUGUUUACUUUAAUCCUUUUCCUCUGGUUAGCUGUUAAAAUGUGUUGACUGAGAGUUUCCAGAAGAUUCCAAUUUAUACAGUCAAUGAUUUUUUUAGAUUUCUUCUCAUGCUUAUUUGUGAAAGGAAAUUGACACUUGAGGUGUGCUUGCUGGCGUUUUUCCCAUAUCUGUUUAUGAAAUAAUGCUGGGUACUUGAUGUUUUUCUAUUAUAAUGUAUUGAUAUUUCUAGUUUCUACGAUGGUUGCCAACCAACUCCGCACUUCAUGUUUUUGAUAGGUUCCCGCCUAAAAGAAAUUAUGUAUCAUGUUAUCGACUUUGGUUUUGAGGUUUUUUUGACAAGUUUCUCAAUCAUGUUUAAAAAUUGACAUCUAGCAAUAGUUGAUUUUGCUCAAACCAUGUCCAUUUUAUGUUAAUCCAGUCUAAUAUCCCGUUUUGUGCUGAUGUUUUGAUUUUGUUCUUCUAGACUAUUUUGCAUGCUACGUCAUAUUGGCUCCAUUGUGUGAGCAGCUAGGAAGAUGAUAACUAUUUAUGUUUAAACUAGCGGACUUUUUAGGCCACAGUAAUAUAGCUGCAGAAGUAUGCGCGUUGACUUUGAUUCAUCAGCAUAGCUAGUUGCGCUGAGAUCCAGAUAUAACAAGAAGAGUUUUUUAUGAGGUCAUAAGAUUCUCAACAGGCAGUUGUAGCUGCAGCUCCAUUAUUGUAACUCUUGGUUCUUCUAAUUUUUUUUUUUUUUUUUACUUGGAUUAUCUAAUUUCUAUUAUGGCCUAAGAAAGUGAGAAUAUAUUACUAGUAAGUGAAAAUUUCAGAGAAGUGUGCUUUAGGUGGUUGGGCAUGUAUCAUAAGAAACUUCUAGAUGUCAUAGUACUUGUGUAGAAAUAAAGGAGAAAGGUAAAAACCAAAAAGAAUUGAAAAGACUCUAUUAAGGACAAAGAUACGAGGAUAUUCAUUUUAACUGGACAUUGUUGGAGAUGGUCCCCUUUGAGGGCAAUAGUGAGAAAAAGUAUUUAAUUGUUGCUGUAUGCAUUGAGAUAUGUACAAUCCUGCUUCAGGCUCCAGCUUCAUACUCAACUGUGGAAGAUUGGUCAACAAGCAUUAGUUCAGCGUAACGGAUUUAAGAAUUACCUUUUACAAAAGAAUGAGUACCAAUUUCGUGUGUGAUGUUACUACGAUAACGGAUUUUGUCUCAUUUCAAAUUGAGUGCUCUGCUAGCAAGCAAUAAUUCACUGAGAUUAGAGCAUGUAGAUGCACGUGCAUUUUCUGGCCUUCACUCGGCAGACAUUGGCAUUCCCUAUUUAUUUGGAACUCUGAUCCUUAUCAUUGUUUAAAUGGUAUUUGUGUUUCUAUACUCUGUCAAAUAUGAGCAUUUCAGAUUUUCCUAUUUCUGAAUUUAGCGGACAUGACAUGAUGUCAUCAAGAUAUCAGUACCUGCUGUUGACGUCAUCAAGAUAUCAGUACCUGCUGUUGACUUCAUCUUCCUGCUGGAAGAAUGAGCUGAAGCUUGGAUUCUUCUUGUAUCAGGCGUGCUAUUUAAAUCCUAUUAAUAUUUUGCUAAAUGUUUGUUUAAAUUCGGCUCUCAGUAGUGUUUUUAUUACUCUCAUUGAUUCUGAUUCUACCUGUAAGUUCUUUUCUGUUUUUCUUUUUUAAAAAUAAUGAGCAAGGAAUAUCCGUCUUUCUGCUAAUUUUUUUUUUAUUAUUUUAUUUUGGGGUUCUUCAGCAGUACUGUCCUUUUCAGCUUAAAUUAAAUGAAGCUGGAGAGUUGGAGUAUGGGUAUGGAUUUGGAGCUAGGCCUGAAUAAACUAUUCUGCACUGUUGUGGUUGAGAAAAUGCAUGAAGUAUUCCUACUCAUCUCUGGCAGGGAAACAAAUUCAGGUAAUGGUGAAGAUCGUAAGAUUCUGCAAUAAAUUUGACUUCCUCAUUCCAUUAUUAAGAGUACUAGGUUUCAUUUAUCAAGAAUUCAGGUUUCCUACUUUAUUGAGUAAAUCAGGUAUGUUGUCCCGGUUGUUCUCUUCGCCUAAACAUCUGGCCAUUGCAAGCUCAGUGUACACUUGGUUAGUUAACUGUUUGUUUAGCAUUGCGUGCAACUUUACACUUGGUUACUUAACUGUUUGUUUACCAUUGCGUGCAACUUUGGGAAAUUUUGGUAAGUGUUAUUUAUCUAUUGAGUGUUUACAUCUUUUCUACAUUCUGUGGCAUCUUUUGAGAGUUGAGUUGGACUUCUAAUUUUUCCUAAAUGCUACGUGAUGAAGCGAAGGAUUUGCAUCAAGUAUUGCCUAUUAACUGAAGUAAAUGAGUUCCUUUUUCCCUGUGGGAUUUGCGUGAAGUUAUCCUAUCUUGACAUAUUCUGUAAGUCGUACCCCUAAAGCUAACCCAUUGGACUCGAAAGCUAGGGUUCUAACAUCGGGUGGAAGCAGCGUACAUCCUUUUCCUAUCCUAUCGUUGCACAUGGACAGAGAAUAACUGAUCGAAAUAUUCCAUCUCAGGAAUUGUUGGAGCUG